GAGGCAGAGCAAGGCAAAAGAAGUUAUCUAAGCGCAGAGCUCCCACAAAUCACUUUGUCACCAGCAAGCUCUGACAAGCAGGAGGAGAGAGAAAGAGUACGAGCAGAGACUCCGAGUUAAACAGAGGUGCGAAUAGGGAGUCUUGUUGGUGGAGCCUCGAAGGAAGAAGGUGUGAAGAAACUGUAGAGGAAAAUAACGAGGCGAUACCGCUGGAUGGACAGAGGGAAGAUAGAAGAGAGACGAGACUAAAAUCCAGUUCCCAAAACAGCAUAAGUUAAGAGGGACGGCUACUGCUGUUGUUACUGCCGCUGUGUCUGGAUGGUACAUCACCAUUUAAAGAAGGAUCCCCGGUUGGACGAAGGCAUUGAAAGGGAAGUUGGAGGAGCUUUUACUAAGAACCAAAGAACACAAGUGACUGCACAGACAGGCUGUCAACAUGAAAUUGUGGUUCUUGAUAUUGAUGGUAGUGUACAUGGUGGGCAGUGUACACAAUCUGUCUACAUGUAACACUGUGGACUUGGAGAUGGUGAAGAAAAAACGCAUCGAGGCCAUUAGGAGCCAGAUCCUCACCAAACUGCGUUUGCAAAAGGCACCAGAAGAGGCUGGGGAGAAGGAAGAGAUCCCUGCCAACUUGCUAUCACUCUACAACAGCACCAGUGAGAUUCUGAAGGAGCAGCAGGUUCUGGAAGAGGAAAACAUCCCCACAGAACAAAAGGAGGAGGAAUACUUUGCCAAGGUGGUUAACAGGUUCAUCAUGAAAGAAAAAAACAACUCAAACACCAACUACAAGCCCACGGUCAUCUCAAUGAGCUUCAACAUCGCUCAGAUACGGAGUAACGUCGGGGGCAAUCUGCUACUCACCAGAGCAGAGCUACGGAUGCUCAUCAAGGAGCCCAUGAUUUUGUCUGAGGAGAGAGUGGAGCUAUACUAUAGCCAGGGGACCUCGACUCGUUACCAUGCGUCUCGCUUUGUCACAAACAUGCUGAAGGACAAAUGGCUGUCCUUUGAUGUCACUGAACCUCUGCGGACCUGGCUCCAAGGGAAUGAGAAUGAACAGAAGUUUGAACUUCGGCGGUACUGUGAAUGCGGCAUGCCGCAUGACGAUGGUACUUUAAGUUUUAUCAUCUCUGGGACUACGAGCAAGAGGGGAGACACUAAAGAAUUAGAGAAGCUGAACCAGCAGCUACCCUACAUCUUUACCAUGUCCAUCCCUAAAACCAACCACUCUAAGAGUUUACGCACAAAACGUUCCACUGACACGACGGACAGCUGCAGCACCCAAUCACACAACUGCUGUUUGAAGAAACUGUACAUUGACUUCAGGAAAGAUCUAGGAUGGAAGUGGAUCCAUAAGCCAACGGGUUACUAUGCCAACUACUGCAUGGGGUCCUGCACCUAUAUCUGGGAUGCAGAAAACAAAUAUUCUCAGAUUCUGGCACUGUACAAACAUCAUAACCCCGGAGCUUCUGCCCAGCCCUGCUGUGCUCCACAGACACUAGAGCCACUGCCAAUCAUCUACUAUGUGGGGAGGCAACACAAGGUGGAGCAGCUGUCCAAUAUGAUCGUGAAGUCUUGCAAGUGUAGCUAAAAAUAUAGUAUGGCACACAGCUCUGCCUCCUCUUCUCAAAACACAGAGGGAAAGAAGAUGUUGUGUUGGAGACUACAGAUAAGAGCAAGUGACAGAGAAUUUGAGAUAAUGUGGACAUGGGGAACAAAAUAUUUUAAAGCUUUUCUCCAACAAUCCCUCAGUUGUCACAUUUGAUGCACAUUAAGCCAUGGACCUCUUUUUUCUUCUUCUACAUAUUAACGAUUAUAGUUUUUAUACGUACAUUUACCUUGCAGUAGUAAAAUUGUCGGUCUUGAAAUGAAUUAAUUUAUUUGUUGCACUGACAGGUGUCUAAAGAAUAAUAAUGUACAUAAAAGAAGUGUGUGAGACAAUAAAAUUUGGACAAAAAAGCACGAGGACAAUAAUGAACGUUCAUGGAAGAAUAUCCAUAUUCAGGGAUGAAAACGUGGGACAUUUCAGAUGACCACAUCAUCGUCCUGGUGAAAGGUGCUGAAUUACAGGUGGAAAACCAGGGAUGUUGGGGUUUUCCUCAAAGAUAAGGCUGUAGGUGUUUUUGCAUGGCUACAUCAUAAAGGACAGAAAAAGACACAGGGAGAGUCCAACCUGGGGAAAAUCCCUUUUGACUGAAAGGCUGGACUUUCAUUUUACAAGAACCGUCCAUUAGUUUUAUUUUCUUUUUUCAACCCACGUGACUUCUAAUAUGCAUUUUAUCAGUAUGUUUCUGUUCAUAAUGUUCAUAACUGAAUGUCAGAUUGUCCUUUAACCCCACUGGUUUUUCAAAGCCAGAGGCACUAUCAGCUGAGAGUGAUGACAUCAUGCUUUUAAUCCCUCUGGGGACUUACCGCCAUACAUGUUCUCUAUUAAUGGACACAUGGUGGUAGUGCUGAUAUGAGUAAGGCUAUUAAUACUUAUUGUUUUAUUUUAUUUUGUUUUAAAAUCAUGGUAAAUUAUUUUAAUUUCAGGAAGUUUCACAAGGAUGUUUUUUCUUUCAAACUCAUGAACUGGUCUGGCUUCUAUGACUCGCAUUAGGAAUAAAACCAACACAUGAUUUCAGCUUUCUAUGUUUUUCUGGUGCACCUGCUUUUAUAAUGUCUAUUUGUAAAUAUUCAAACAAAAAAAAAGAAAUAAACAUGUUAAAUUAUGUUG